AGGACGAGUGGAGGUUUCAUUGAUGAUCUACCAACAGACGGGUAAAGUAAGUCGAAGAAAUCGUCACGAACUGGAUGAAGAGUUACUUUCUAUAUUAAGAAAAGAAAACAAAAAAAAAAACGCAAGAAAGAAGAAAAAACAAUUUCUGGUGAAAAGUUUAUAACACUAAAAGUUUAUCAUUUGUGAAAAUUAUUGUUUCAAAAUAACAUAUAGUGAUGUUUUAUGCCCAAAAUGUAGUGAAUGCAUUAAAAAAAUAACGAUUAUAACGACGAGUAAUGACAGUUUUAAAAUUUGUAUAUCGUUAAUGACGGUUUUUAUUCAAAUAAAACAAAAGUGAAAGUCAUUCAUUGGGUAUAUUGUGUGCUAGUCUUACUUUCAGAUUUUUUUUUUGUGCAAAAAUAACUUACUUACAGCAACAAUUACGGAUAUUCUUCAAAAAAUAUAUCUAAUAUAAUGGCCACAAGCAAUUGCCAAUAUUCAACUAGAUAUUGUUGGGACGCAGACAAAGUGAAAUCUCUUAUUCGACUAAGAGCGGAACUAUCCCCACUAUUUACAGGAAAAAGAAAUGCUUCGAAAUAUGCAUGGGCAGUUGUUGAGAGGGAGUUGAAUGUUCCACUUCCUCUUUCAAAAAUUAUAAAAAAAUGGAACAACUUGCUUCAAGAAUAUAAGGCUAUCAAAAUUUCUGAGGAACCGAAAAGAAGAGAAUGGCCCUUUUUUACACUAAUGGAUGUUUAUUUUAGUGACCAAGUGAACGACCCAUCUCUACGUUUAUUUUCAUCUACGAAAACCUUAAAGGAGUCAUUGGAUGAAAGUGUUUUCGAAGAUGACCCAAUUAUAGUAUCCGCGAUCGCUGCCGUUACAUCUGGUGCCUGUAUGGAAAUAGAAGAGUUAUUGAAACUACAAAAAGAUAGACGAGCAAAUGAAAACAAAUUCGCUUCUGAAAACAAGUUUCCUUCUGAAAACAAAUUUACUUCUGAAAACAAAUUUACUUCUGAUAACAAGUUAACAACUGAAAACAGGUUCAACUCUGAGAAAACUUCCGAAAACAAGUUCACUUCUGAAAAUCAGUUUUCUUGUGAAAAACUGUUGAAUUCCAAGGCGACAAGUUAUAGGUUAAGUGGAGGAAACAAGCCGAAUGUUGUUACAGUUAAAAAUUUAAGUUUUAUGCAACAACAGAAAGAUAAUGAAAAUAAUCUUAAAAACCUCUCUGAUCAAAAUAAUCUUGUUAAACAUGAAAAAGAAAUAUCUCCUAAGCCCAUACCAGGGCAGCAGGAUUCACCGACAAUUCCAUCAGUUCAGAAUAAAUUUUCAGAUCCAAAUUCAAUUGAUCAAUACCUUUUAUCUUGGAACAAUUUUUUAGGCAAUAUGUCAAGAGGUUUCCAUUCUCUGCAAAAAGAUGAAAAAAUGGUUGAUGUGACUAUAGCAGCGGGAGGUAAAAUCUUCAAGGCCCAUAAACUGGUACUGUCGGUGUGUAGCCCAUAUUUUCAAGAGAUUUUUUUGGAGAACCCAUCAAACCAUCCAAUCCUUUUGAUGGCAGACGUAGAAGCCAAUCACAUGGCAGGCCUUCUUAACUUUAUGUACAGCGGACAAGUAAAUGUGAAGUAUGAAGAUCUUCCUGCAUUCUUAAAAGUUGCAGAAGCUAUGAAAAUCAAAGGUUUACAUACCGAGAAACCGGAAGGACAAAAUCUUGAAGAGAUACAAUUUUCUCGCGAUGACAAUUCAGCAGAUUUACAGGCUUUAAAUUCAUCAUCUAUGCCAAUUAAUUUUACAGAAAAAUCGACAGCAACAUCAUUUAGAAAGGAAAAAGAACAACCAUACCAUACUGCUUUUCAUCCAAUUGAUUUCAAUAAGAAUUUAGAACCCUCACAUUAUGAUAUGAAUUCAUUCAAUUUCGAACACACAUCUAAUAAAUUUUCUAUUCUCAAAGCUAAUGGCAGUAAAAAAGUUUCAGAACAUCUUAAGCAACAAAAGUAUUUAACCAAACGAAAAAUAUUUGUUCACUGUGAAAAUGAAUUCAAAGAAAAAAGCAACAUUGAAAUAUCAGAGAAUGGUUCAUUUAAAAGUUCGCAAACAGAUUUUGUACAUUUGAAACAAGGCACGCUUCAAGGUGAUAACAGCUCAAACAACGAAGAAAUUUUAAAUUUAGCACAAAAUGAAGCUCCGAAUAUUUCGAGAAGAUUUGUACCUGUAAUUCCAAUGGAACAGAAAAAGGAUUGUGCAUAUGAUGAAACUUCUUUCACAAAAGGAACACGGGAGGAACACCACAAAGAAAUAUAUAUCGAAGAUGAAAUGCCAUUCUAUGGUGCCAAAUCAAAUGAGGAUGGCAAUAACAACACUCUGAACAGAAGUGAGGCCACUUUCAAUCCAAAAAAUGAUAACGUUGAUGCAAUUAAAAACUAUACAAACAAUAAUUCCUAUAUAAAUAAUAGGAACUCUACCCAUUUAAAUGAUUCUAAUGAAAGUAACGAAAAUGAAGCCAGUAACGUUUCUACUGAUUCAAGUUAUGAAAUAAAAAUAAAUUUAAAAAAUCAAGCAGACAACAAUAAUAAUGUUUGUAUCACGUCCAGCAAUAUUGAUAAAGAAAAACACGGUUGUAAAGUGGAUACAACUAUAAAAGCAUAUUCAAAUCCUUAUUGAAUAAAAUAAAAUUUAAAUCAUCAUCUUAAUUUGGCGACAGCAUUUAUUUAUUAAAAAUAUGAUGCAAAUUAAAUGUGAAAUAUUUUUUAAGGAAACAAUUUAUGUUUUCAAUACACCAUAAUAUUUAUACAUUUUCCUUUUAAGUACACAUAAAUGUUUUAUAUUUUUUUAAGAACACUAUUUAUUAUCAUAAAAU